AGAAUUUCUACUGCAGUAAGGAAACUAUUCUGAUGCCAACUCGGUCGAUUCCUCGCUCCUCUCUACUGCUAUGAUUUUAAUUUUCCGUUUUAAUAAUUUAUUCCUCACGCAUUUCUGGUUAUGAUUUUAUUGAAAAGAAUACCGGGGAUUUUGUACUCACAUAAAUACAAACUGUAUUCAAUAUUUCUCAUUAUCUUCACGUGCUUUUAUUUAUUAUUUAAAUUGAAUGUUGUGUGCGUGAAUUUACAAGCUUGGAGCCAUGUUUCGAAACUGUGCAACCUCUAUGAAAACGGUGUUGCUAUUGGUUCUUUAUGCGCUCCAUUAUGUAUCACAAGAGACAUUCACUCCCUGACGUGCCAUUCCUUCGAAGCAACUAAAGAAGCGGUUUUCAGUGCCGAAUGGCACGACACACGUUUAGUAUUUAAAUCAGUUCCGAAAAAUAUCCAAUCCAUCCAUUGGUUCGACAAUGGUCUAGUGAGAUAUCCCUCGGAAAAAGAAUUCCUACAAACUAUAAGAACUAUAGUGAAGAACAAGUUUAAUUUAACCUUAGCUUACGAUACAGCCAUUAGAUUGUCCAGACUCAAGCCCACUUACGAGGAAAAAAAUAAAAUGAAGAGAAGAAAGGAAAUGGACAACUUGUGGAUGCUGCUACAAGAUAAUGAGUAUCUUCUUUCGGCUUUAUUUGCGGAAAAGGACGUUUUUCCUCAACUUUUAGGUACUUGCGGUCCUUAUUAUGCUGUAGAAUAUCUAGAACCGAUACCAGCGAUGUCGUCAUUUUUAACGGCUAGCGACAGUAUGGAAAACUGGGGAAAACGCUUAAAACUCGGCGUUUUGAUACUGGAUCUUUUAGAAAAACUAGAAACGAAAUUUCGCGAGCCCUUUCACUUGUGCGAUCUUAAGAUCGAACAUUUCGGUUUGAUUAAGAAUCAAAACGCACUCAAGUUCAUCGAUUUAGACGGGGUACUACCGAAAUCCGUCGUCAAUUCUAUUAUCAGAGAUGUUGAUUAUUGUAAAAGUGAUAAUGACUGUGAUUUUAUUGAUUGCCGUUCGAGAUGCGAAACAGGAAACAAAUGUAGUAACUAUGUGACUAAUGACAAUUUGCAAAUUGUUUGCGAAAAGAUAUUUUUAGGAUGGAGAAUGUCAAAUACGGUAUUAGUUCCUGGACUUUUGAUGUCCCAGCACACGCCUUCCGAGCUAGCAUCCCUUCUCAGGCAAUGCGCUAACCCAGAAAGUGAGGAAGGUAAACCGAGAACGGCACCGGAUAUCGAAACGAAGAAGAGGCUCUACAACGCACUUUCAGAAAUAGAGCAGACCGUUAACGGGGAUUUUUUCUUAUAGAUUUGUUACAUUUGAUAUAUAGAUUUGUGAGUUAUAUAAUAAAUAUUGUUAAAUUAUUA